CACAAAACUGCCUUUGGGUGGCCGCAACCUCCAAUUCACAUUGCAUCCUCUCAUAAGCGCGCUUCCGUAAACUUCCAGGUGCAUCGGUAAGUCGUCUUUUUUUUAUUUUUUUUUUAUUCCUCAUUUGCUGCAGUUGCGAUUCCGAAACAACAACUCUACCUUCCUACCUUAACUCAUCUACUAAAUCAAAGAUGACGACGCUUGUCAUUCCCCUCUGAUUUUUGACGUAUCGAUUACUUUGGAUCGCUUACCCCACCAAAAUCACGGAACUGGACCUCACUCCGCCCGCCUUGCCCAGACCCUCACCCACUUUCACGCGCCUGCCGCCGACGUGCCUUUCACUUUGCGCCUCUGGAUCCUGCACCGUCAAAAUCCUUCAUUUGAGUAGCACAAAACUCUUCUCGGAUUUGUGGUCACUAAUUCUUUUCUACAUUGGACAAAAUUUGGGACCAAAUCUAGUCCACCCACCUCGACGCGACUUCUGCUGCAUUUUCGACAUCGUUCAUCUCUCUGCCUUUACCACACGGAGAGUACCACGACCUUGAUCUAAUCGCCAAGCAUUUUAUCCCUCUAGUCACUUUCGAGACUACCUCAAAUUCAUAAUGUCGGAUCGCGAGAACGGCGGCAGCCCUCACGGUGACUACCCAGGCGCCGGCGGUGGUGCACCAGCUGGUGGUGGUGACCCAGCUGCUCCGGAGCACCUCAACAUCAAGGUGACGGACAACAACAACGAGGUCUUCUUCAAGAUCAAGCGGUCGACAAAGCUGGAGAAGCUCAUGAACGCAUUCUGCGACCGCCAGGGCAAGUCGCUCAGCCAAGUCCGCUUCCUGUUCGAUGGGCAGCGCGUCCAACCGACCGAUACACCAGACACGCUCGAAAUGGCCGACGGAGACACACUUGAGGUGCACCAGGAGCAGGUUGGUGGUGCUUAAUUUUUACGAGACAGUCAGUUUGGCCUCAGAUGCCUCCAUCUACUGCUAAGAGGGAGUACGGAUAGGUGCGGGGGGGAGAAGUGCAAAGGAGUGUCCCGAAAGAAACACGGAAACCUGGGCGGGGCUGGGAGGAUAGCUGCGGGCAACAUUUACGCCACUCUCUUUUUUCUAUUUUAUUGUCAUCAAAGCAAACCAACCUUUUUUUUUCUCAAUCUCGCAGUAAACCUUUCUUUAGGUUCUCUCAAGGGAAAAGAAAAAAGAAAAGGAGAGAAAUGGCAAUGCUACUAUUGCCAGUACAGUCGGGAUCUCCAGUGGUCUUACUCUUCAUCCCAAGGGAAGAGGAUGGGUAAAACCUCAUUCGGAAGCGAGAUGGACACAGCAAGACUAGCUCUUGAUGUAGUUCUAGAAGUGUCACCGAGUGGAAGGCUAUCUAUUGGGAAUGCAGGCUUGAUAUCACAUCUCCCUUUUUUUUUCUCUCUCUCUUUUCUCUCCCUCUCUCUAUGAAAUCUUUUCAGUAUUUUGCUGACGGAGAAACC